AUAGUUGAUGAUUUGAUACAUCAGGCAGCCUCACAACCUUGACGUUUGAUGUCAGAUUGACAGAUGUUGGGUGCAAAUUUUAACUUUGAUUUUUAUUGAUGCGUGUAAUUAAUAUACGGGAGUGAAAAUUGCGUGGAAAAACCUGUGAGAAUUGGUGGUUUAACCUCAAAAAAUCGACUUCAUAAGAAGGUAGAAGACAUCGAUUAGAAAAAACAAAAUGGCUUUCGCGGGGUUAAAGAAACAAAUAAACAAAUGCAACCAGUAUGUCACCGAAAAAAUGGGCGGUGCGGAAGGCACCAAACUGGACCUCGACUUUAUGGAUAUGGAAAAGAAAACAGACGUAACGUACGAGCUGGUCGAGGAGCUCCAAAUGAAGACGAAGGAGUUUCUGCAACCGAAUCCGACCGCUAGGGCGAAGAUGGCCGCCGUGAAGGGCAUCAGCAAGUUAAGCGGCCAGGCCAAGUCCAAUACGUAUCCCCAACCCGAAGGCGUUUUGGGCGACUGUAUGUUGAUGUACGGCCGAAAAUUGGGAGAUGACAGCAUGUUCGGUAACGCUUUGGUCGAAAUGGGCGAAGGUUUGAAAACGAUGGCUGAUUAUAAGUACUCUCUCGAUGAUAAUAUCAAGCAAAAUUUCCUCGAGCCCUUGCAUCAUUUGCAGACGAAAGAUUUGAAAGAAGUUAUGCAUCAUAGGAAAAAAUUACAAGGUAGAAGACUUGAUUUUGACUGCAAGAGGAGAAGACAAGCCAAAGGUAAAGGUUCAAAUGUUACAGAUGAUGAAAUCAAAAUGGCCGAAGACAAGUUCGCCGAGUCCCUUCAUCUCGCCCAAAUGGGCAUGUUUAAUUUAUUAGAAAACGAUGUCGAACAAAUAUCACAACUGGCAACUUUCGCUGAAGGUCUACUGGACUACCACAUCCAGUGCACCGAAGUCCUAAAAACUUUGACUGAAGCUCUUCUCGAAAAGAAAGACGAGGCCGCAAAUCGUCCAAAGAUGGAAUUUGUGCCAAAAACGUUGACUGAAUUGAACAUCGACGCGACGGACGGCUAUAACGGUACAAACGAUAAUAAUUUCAUUAAUCAGCAUCACGGCAGCAACUCGAACUUGUCGGGCAGCUAUCAGUUCAAAAGGCCCGCCCCGAAAAGUGCCCCCCCACCAAAACAAAACAAACCCGACCUGUUGCCCUACAAACCCGAUCCCCUCGAUCCUUGGAGCAUACAAGACGGCUUAUUAGGCUCUUCCACAUUGUCUUCUCCGCAACAUAAACCCAAUGAAUUGCAGUUGCAUCCAGGAAAUCAAUCUGCUAAUGCAUCUCCUUUGCCGUCUCCAAUGAAAUCGCCGGCCAGAAGUCCAAUGGUUAAGCAGGCGUGCUGUACCGCUUUGUACGAUUUUGAUCCUGAAAAUCCCGGGGAGCUUGGUUUCAAGGAAAACGACUCAAUAGUUCUCCUUAAUAAAAUCGAUGAUAAUUGGUAUGAAGGAACGAUAAACGGUAGGACAGGAUAUUUCCCAGUAAAUUACGUAAGAGUCGACGUGCCACUACAGUAAAAAAAUAAUUUUUUUUCUUAUUUCAUUUUGUAUUGGGCAUCAAAGAACCACCCCUUAUUUUUUACCUUAAUAACAAAAUGCUUAUCCAUGUUAUCCAGAAAUUAAGAUUAAAAAUAAUGGUGCUAUUUUCUUGACACCCUGUUUUUUUUAUUGAAUUGUGUUUUUCAUGUUUUACAAAAAUGGUUAUUGAUUUUUUUAACCGGUGAUCUAACGUACCUAGUCCGUUUUUUUCUAAUGAUUUUUAAUGAUUUUUUUUGGACGAGGUGUAUAUUUUAAAUGAAGCAAAAAAUAUUAUCAUGUGCAUAUUAUAAUAAUUAUAUAAGAGGAUAUUGUUGAAAAUGUUUGGAAAAGUAUAAACCAAUAUUAUGUAUUUAUAUUUUUUCAAAAAAAAUAAGACUUUUGUAUGAAUUUUUUAAAGAAAGUAAUUAUGGUACA